CCACCGCUUCCCCGCACACUGACCGAAGGCGAAACGAACACACUCCCCCUCGCCUCUAUAUAUAAACCUCCUCCUCCUCCUCCUCCUCCUCCGCUGCUGCUGCUCCUCCUCUUCCUGGCUCUCCUCCUUUGCCCUAGCAAUGGACGAAUCCGAGAGCAUGGUGGCGUUGAAGAAGGCGUACGCGGAGAUCAUCCUGAACACGGCGAAGGAGGCGGCGGCUCGCGUGAUGGCGUCCGAGCGCAGGGCGCUCCGGGUGCAGCAUGAUCUGAAGGCCACCAAGGAGGAAGGCCUCCGAAUGCUGCUCCGCUUGAAGCGGAUGAUGGAUGCCAAGAUAGCCGAAGCAGAAACAACGUCUGUGAGCCAAAGGGGAAAGAUUCAAGAGCUUGAAGCGCAGCUACAGGAGGCAGAAGACAAGAUCCUAGACCUCAGAGUAGAGUUGAGGAAUGUGCAGGAUGAAUUGGAGAAGGCAAGGAAAAACCAAAUAGGACAAAAUCCAGAGGAACUAUCAUUACCUAGUAAGGAUGGAACUCCAGAGAAUCAUGUUAACUCCUUUCAAUCCAUUGUACCCUAUUCAUCUGACUCAGAGCUCGAAAUUGUGGCUCCUCUGGAGGAUGUGUCCUUGGUUAACAUAGCCUGGGACCGCAAGAGCUGCAAUGGAAGAAAGCAGGCCCGACAAUUGUUUGAUUUGCCUUUGGAGGAUGGUCGUGAUCAAAGCCCAGAUUUAGCUUCCAUAAUCAUGGCAAGAAGAAAGGAGCCUGAGCUGUACCGGAAUGGAUGUACACAGAGAGUCCGUGCAUUUGAAGGACACAUGCUGGAUCGAACUUUAGGAGCUGUAGAAACUUCCCCAGCAGUUUAUGCUCUGGACUGCAAGAGAAGUAAUAAAGCUUCCAUGGACGAAACCCUGGAAGUGGCAGAGAAGCUACCUGGGAAAGAAUUGAAUAAAACUUCAAAGGUCCCAACUAGAAGAAGAAGAGGGGCACAACUUAGAAAGUACAAAGCUACUUCACAAAGACCCUCUUCUAGUAAGCUCAUGAAGUGUUCUCAAACUCCAGUUCUUUCUGGCCGCAAGUCAUGCUCAACAAAUGACAGUGUUAAAUCUGGUGAAAUUGCUCAUUCUGGAGUCUCUUUGAGGGCUGAAAAGGUGAAAGAGCUGAAAAAUCCCUUAGGGUUGCAGGAUAUGUUGCAGAGUAAUCGUAACUACCUUGCUGACGGUAUAGUUCUCAAAGGCAAGAGAAAGAGGAUAGCUAGAGGAAGGAAGUGUCUUCCUGACCAGCUCACUUCAACUACUAAACCAUCUAUUCUUCGUCGUUGUAAGGCUGAUCAACUUGAUGCCAACUUUACUUCUGCUGAUGCUCGGCCAAAGGAAACUGAAAAGGGUUUAUUGCCCAACUUGGAUGCAGGCCUUGUUGUAGGAAACGGAGAUUCUACAUUGCAAUCAAGAAAUAACAGAAUGAUUGUCAGGGAAGAAGACUUUAUAGAUGACUCUGAGUCAGUGAAGAAGGAAAUUAGUGGUGCGGAGAUUCUGAUGUUUCAAGAUGGUAAAUUAGACAUCGGAAUGACUGAUGUGAGAGUCCUGGAUUCAGAGAUGAAUAGUGGAGGAUUUACUCAAACUAACAACUCGACGCCUCUCAAGUACACCUUCCAGAGAAAGCGCAGAAGAGAGCCCUCAAACCAUACUGAUGAAAAUGCUGCACCCCGAAAGAGUAAAGUGAAGAAGAAAAAGGAGGAUACGGAAGAUGACGUUCAAGAGCCAAAAGAAUCUGACGCAAUGAAUGAGUCGUCAAGGGACAGUCGGAGACUCGCUCAAGUAGCUCGCCAGCUUAUCGCUCUGUCUGGAAAGAGAUGGUAGAACCAUAGAAGCACUCGUUAAUGACUGUUUAACCCAGGAAAUGAUGGAGUUUGCUGGCAGUCCAGGCAACAGCUGACCUCUAUGAGGCCGCCCAGACAAAAUUGAAGGACUUCAAAAGAUAAGUACCGAUGCCCAAGAUGAGUUUAUUGUUAGAGGAGCAAUGGAGCAGGUCAGCACAUUCACAUGUGUCUGUAAAUCACUUAUUUACACAGCUUUAGCUAGCAACUAUUGAAUAUUCCUUUCUAUUUUUCUGUUUCGGAGCUCGGGAGUUAUCGAGAGCGGAUGCCUAUAGCUCAGUUAAAUAUCCAGAGUAGGGACUAUUAUAGUCUCUGAUUAUAUUAUGGUAA